UAAAGACAGCUUCUCUCUCUCUCUCUCUUAUAAGCUCCCCUUUGUCAUCUUCUUCUCCCCUACAGGCUACACAGAUUUCCGUAUUCCUCCCACCUUUCUUUAUCCUCUUCUUUUCUCCGGGUUCGAAAUUGAAAAACACUCCCACUUUGGUCCCCAAGUCCAUGUGUCCUGUCGCCCGGUCCGCAGUAAAGCUUCAAAAGAAACGCUUCAGCAGGAGAUGGCUCACCAAAGUGGAAUCUCCAAGCACUUGUUGGGUACCUGAGAGGAUUCCGAGAAGUCUCUCCUGGGAUGAUGAAGCUCGUGGGUGAAGCUCUAGCUCUAGCUUCCUUUCUUGAGCGGUAGCUGCCAAAAAUAGAUAGUCAGAGCAACCCAUGAAGUGAAAAGGGAAAGGCCUAUACUCUCUGAAGGAAGACGAAGCUUUUGCGGCCUUGAGAUAGAGCACGAGCAAGAGAAGAAGGAAAAGAAGAAGCCCGCAAAGAGGAGAGCGAGAGAGAGAGAUGCCAACAGUGUGGUUUGCACUCAAGAAGUCACUACACUGCAAAUCAGAGCCAUCCGACGUCCACGACCCAAAGACAAGAAAGCAGCUGACCACGAUCUUGACCAAAAAGACUGGCCGGUCAGGUUGCUCGAGGUCCAUCGCCAACCUCAAGGACGUCAUCCAUGGAAGCAAGAGGCACAUGGCCGAGAAGCCGCCGAGCUGCAGCCCGAGAUCCAUCGGGAGCAGCGAGUUCUUGAACCCCCUAACCCACGAAGUCAUCCUCAGCAACACCAAAUGCGAGCUCAAGAUCACCGGCUUCGGCAACGGGUUCCAAGAUUCCGGCGCCGGCGGGGGUGCAGGGGGCGACGCCGGUGGCGGGUCGACCUUUGUGGGGACUCUGACGCCGGGGACGCCUAUGCAUUACUUCAAUCCUUCGUUUAGGACAACCUCAGCAAACGGAACAACUCCGAGGAAGGGAGGUUCUGUCUUAAGCGAGCGAGAAGGGUCUGGAGGCGUCAGUGGCAGAGGAGGCAGCGGCGUCGGAGGCGUCCGUACUAGCAGUAGAGUGUCGCUGGGUGCUGACGCUAAUGGGAUGUCCACCAUAACUUGCCACAAGUGUGGAGAGCAGUUCACCAAAUGGGAUGCUGCUGAGGCACAUCAUCUCUCCAAGCAUGCUGUGACUGAACUAGUGGAAGGGGACUCAUCCAGGAAGAUCGUGGAGAUCAUAUGCCGAACCGGGUGGCUGAAAUCGGAGAACCAAGGCGGCAACCGGAUCGAGCGGGUCCUCAAGGUCCACAACAUGCAGAAGACCCUGGCUCGGUUCGAGGAGUACCGCGAGACGGUCAAGAUCAAGGCCGGCAAGCUCCCGAAGAAGCACCCGCGGUGCCUUGCCGACGGGAACGAGCUGCUCCGCUUCUACGGCACGACUGUGGCGUGCCCGCUGGGGCUCGACGGCUCGUCAAGCCUGUGCACGUCCGACCGGUGCCGCGUGUGCAGGGUCGUGCGGCACGGCUUCUCGGUGAAGAAGGAAUCGAAGGGAGGGAUCGGGGUGUUCACGACAUCUACGAGUGGAAGAGCAUUCGAGAGCAUCGACACGGUCGAGAACGACCCGACUGUGAGGAAGGCCUUGAUAGUGUGCAGGGUGAUUGCAGGGAGGGUUCACAGGCCAUUGGAGAACAUCCAAGAAAUGGCCGGUCAGACUGGGUUCGAUUCGUUAGCCGGUAAAGUGGGUCUGUAUUCACACAUCGAGGAGCUCUACUUGCUCAAUCCUAGAGCCCUGCUUCCUUGUUUCGUGGUGAUUUGCAAGUCCUGAAGAGGAGGAUGUGAAGAAAAAGAAGAUGAAAAAUCAUGAGUAAUUUGGAUCAGCGAUUUCUUGAGUUGCAUUCUUUUGUUUGUUCCGGGGCUUUUGAUGGAGCUUGUGAAGUUUCUGGCAUGUUAUUCUUUUUGGCUUCAAAAUCCUCCUCUUGAAUAUAUUUUUACUCGAAUUCUUCUGCAA